AGAGUGUUGAGAAAUCAGACUUUAGUAGAGCGAGAGAGAGAGAGAGAAAAGCGCUAAAAACAUGUUUCUGCCCAAACCAUAAGCGGCAUGGGUUCCUUCUCCACCAAUCUCACCUCCCCACCUAAGGCGAUUCUCGGUAUUCACAAUGUCGCCGCCUUUACUCAGCCGUUAACCACCGCAUCCCUGUUCGAUGGCCGCAGCCGCAAUGACUCACUCUCCUGAUCACUCCGCUUCUAACUUCUACGCCGGCGGCGAUGUCUCCGAUGCCGACAUCAGGAUCUCCGAUUUGCAACCUUCCGAUCACUUUCCACCGCUUGAUGAAAGUUUGAUUAAACGACUCAUCGAUUCCGAACACGAUCACAUGCCCCAACCUGACUAUCUCCGCCGCUGCAGAGACCGUUCGAUCGAUCUAACCACUCGCCAAGACUCCAUCCACUGGAUCCUCAGAGUGCAUGCACACUAUCAUUUCAGACCGGUGACGGCGUUUCUCUCCGUCAACUACUUGGACCGUUUCCUUUCUUCUCGUUCCCUUCCGAAAGCAAAGGGGUGGCCGUUUCAGCUUCUAGCGGUGGCGUGUCUGUCUCUGGCAGCCAAAAUCCAGGAACCAUCCGUUCCACUGAUCCUAGAUCUCCAAGUGUUGGAACCCAAGUUCAUCUUCGACCCCAAAACGGUUCAACGAAUGGAGCUCUAUGUCAUGUCCAAUCUCCAUUGGAGGCUCCUCUCGGUCACUCCCUUCGACUUCCUCGACUACUUCAUCUCCAAGCUCCCUUCUUCAGCUUCCAAUUCCAAUUUUCUUGGCCCCAUUCUAUCAUCUUCUUCCGAGAUCAUUCUCAACACCAUUCGUGUGGUUGAUUUCUUGGGUUUUCCUCCGUCGGCAAUUGCAGCGGCCGCCGUGCUCACCGCCGUCGGUGAAAGUGUCGAUUUACCAGAAGGCGUCUUUUACGAGAGAGCAAAUAAAGAAAUGGUGAGAAGCUGUCACCAACUAAUGGAGGAAUACCUGGUGGACAUGUGUCCUUCGGCUGGCUUUAAACGUCAAACAGCCGAGCCGCCUUCACCUUCGAGCCCAGUCGGCGUGCUGGAUGCGGCGGCGUGUGCGAGUUGCGACACUCAUUCGGACAAUCGGGUCUCUCUUUCCGGGUCUGGGUCAAGUCAAGCCGAACCUCCGAACAAAAGGCUUCGAUCGUCUGCGUCGGAUGUACAGUAGCAUCUAUCAUUGAUAGAAUCAUCCCAUCAUUACUGUCAAUCUUUUUUUCAACUUAUAUUUUGCGGAGAAAAAAAAAAAGGUUCUUUUUGUUGUCAAUCUCUUUGCCGUUGAUUGCAUGUCAUGAACGGCGGGGAUUGUAGAGGCUAUUUUUAUAAUUUUAUCUUUAUUUACUGUUCUUAGUAUUAUAUUAGUAUCAUACUAUAUAAAUAUGCUGAGUGGGAUAUUUGAAAUUUUUUGAACGAUUAGAAUGGAAUGUUGUGGGAGUGAAAGUGAAGAAAAAUUCAUAUGUUAAUAU